GCAGAAUUGUCGAGCAGUGGCUGUACAGCAGAACUGUGACAGAGAGUUGGUCUUCCUUGAACAGGUAUCCAUACAACACCCCGGCAGGUCUUGUCCGCGCGGACCGUGAGUUUUAGACUACGACAACCUAGAUUGACACGAACCAACGGGUUUGUACGUUGUGGGGACGACUUCAAAUCUGACCACAUAGUUCUCAGGCGAUUGCUGUCUAGGAUGCUCUGAGGUUCGCUCGUAAAGAUGGACCGCCUUAAGCCGUGGCAACUUCUACUUGUCCUGCAGCUUGUCGGAUUCUCAGCCUCCAUCGGUCCCCCUCGCUUGGUUGGACAAGCCACACAACAGGUGACUGCCAGAGUGAGUUCUGUCAUCAAACUACCAUGUCCCGUAGAGGCGGAACCAGCAGCACUGAUGCAAUGGUUCAAGGACAAGUACCUGAUACACCAGGGCUGGGAGAGAUUCAAAGUCACCCAGAAGUGGCUCAAGAUUAAAGAAAUUGUGAUGGAAGAUGCUGGGCUUUAUGUUUGUAAAGCCAUCAACGGAUUUGGCAGUGUCAGCAUCAACGUCACCUUGAGAGUUGUUGAUGGGUCAUCAUCAGUGAAGAAGCAUAACUUGUUUGCACAGACGCCUGAAGAGGACCAUAAGAUGGGAUUGGUCAAACCCCGGUUUUCCUACCCUGAUAAAAUGCGGCGGAGUUCCAUGGACAGGCCUACAGGCAGCUCUGUGCGCUUUAAGUGUAAAGCGGUUGGUCAUCCACACCCUCAAAUCGAGUGGUACAAGGACGGUCAGCGUCUGGCUCUUGAGGAUCUUGGACAUGCUAAAAAAACACCAUGGACUUUAAAAUUGCAUGAUCUUACCAAAGAAAAGAGCGGCAAAUAUAUGUGUCGAGUGUUUAACAGUGAAGGGGUGAUCAACUACACGUAUACGUUAGAGGUUAUAGAAAAAAUAAAAACCAAGCCAGAAAUUUUGCCUCCCCACCCGAUGAACAUAACAGUGAAAUAUGGAAGCACAGCAUCAUUUCAGUGUCGUGUGAAAAGUGUUGUUCAACCUCAUAUACAGUGGUUGAAGAGAGUGGAGGAGCAUGGAGACAAGGUUAAUCAGAACACAACCAUUGUGGUCAAAGGUCACAGAUUCAUUGUGUUGGAGACAGGGAGUGUUCUGCACACCACAGAUGGGGCCUACCUCAAUAAACUUGUCAUUCCACAUGCAACAGAGAAAAGUGCAGGGAUGUACAUCUGUUUGGGGGCCAACAGUAUGGGUUACAGUUAUAGAGAAGCUUUCCUAAUCGUCUCAACAGACCGAAGCCAGCACCGAGCCUCAGCACCCUCUGGUAGCUCAUCCAACGGGUCGUCUCUGCCGUUAGUGAUAGCUCUCCCAUCAGUGCUUGGCUUUGUUCUCAUUGGAGUGGUUAUCUACCUUAUACAGCAGAGGCAAAAAGGGUGCAAUUCUCGCUCCCCUGCUGUGCAGAGAUUCCCCGUCCCCACCCACGAUAAAGACGUUUAUCCCGCGGUGCAUAACCCUCACAUGUACCCUGUGACACAUAACGUAGCCAGGGAAAAGUUCUCUAAACCUUACAGUGCAGUAGACUAUUACACAGACAUUUCCUCUGCGUCGCGUAGCCAUCCCAGCCAUCAUCAACAUCAACACACGCACUAUAACUACUGAGUUACCCGCCCUUACUGAGCCCAUUAACAUCAGAAGGAAUGGCCUGUUGGGGUGAUGGCAAACUCAGUGGCUAUGCUCCUAACUGUUGUUCCUCUUGGUGGGCAUACUUUGGUACUACUGGUCCACAGUAUCACCAUUAUGACUCUGUGGUGAACUAUUGGGAUGUGUGGUGACUUGGUGGCUAUGCCCUUAACUGUUGUUCCUGAUGAAGGGGAACCAUUGGUUCUUGUUCACAGCGCCACCAUUAUGACAGGCAUUAAAUAGCAGGAUGUUGUUACACUCUGCCAUGAACAGAACAGGUGUACUCAGAACAUAAGCAGUGUGUUGGGUGCUUUUAAGAACUAAUGUGCUGUGACCAACAAAAUUACUCAAAAGCAGAACAGAUUACCUCUUAACUGAUUGGGAACAAGGGACUGCCUAUAUUAUAUACAGCCUACAAAUGUACAGGCACGCCUCAGAUUGUUCAGACAGAGACUGAGUCAGGUGUGCCAUGCUUACCUGCUGCACAGGUGUGCUUUAUUACUCUACUGUUCCCAGGUGUUGUGUGUCGAUUAUUUGGAAGACUACAGAAUGCAUGUUGAAGAAAGUGGUUUAUUGUGUGUACGUGUGUAAAAUGUAUGUGUAAUGUGCAUGAGUGUAUUGGGGACCUUUGAUCUACAGCUAUGCAACAACCCCUAUGGACACGUGGAGAGUACAGGGUAUUUUGUAAAACUCCAUGUUAUUAUACUUAAGUGCUAUAUAGACAUUCAGCAGUAUGACACAUUCUGUGUAAUACAGAAUUGGUCUGUUAUGGAUAUGAAUAAAAAUAACCAUAGAAAUAGGAGGUUCUCAAUAUCAGAAUAACAGUUUGAUACCAUUAGGGCUGUAUGCUGCUCUUGCUAUUGUACAACCGCAAGUAUAUGCAGGCUGACCAUGGCUGUGGAGUCCAUGGGAGAAGUUUUGAUUUGUACCGCUCACCCACCUUUUGUAAGGAAUAUACAAACAUAUGUGGUAAUUUGGAGAUUAAUAGAUUAGCUAUAGUCUGUAAGACUGGACAUGUAUCAUUUAUAAAGAGCCUAGAGGACGGAAUUAUACAUUUGAAAUGAAAGGGCAAUUUUGUGUAUAAAGUGGGUGGGUUGUUAUCAUUGUUUAUUGUUUGUUAAUUUGCUUCAGGAAGCUUCACAUUAGAUAUAAUGAUAGGAUGUGUAGAUAGUUGGGAAGAUACUGUUUGGUAUAUUUCUGCUUAUACUGAGUUUCAACAAGUUAUAUGCAGUUUGGUCAGUCCCACAUAUUUUCAGUUUUUCUGGAACUUUUCCACACAUAACUUUGGUUCUUUGCAUACGUGUUAAAAUGCUUCACUGGCAGUUUAGGAAAAUAUAAAUUCAGAGCAGAUGAGGAAAUCAUACUAUGCUCAGCUUAUAUGUUGGAGUUUUAAAAUCCUGAGUUCUGAUUGUCAGAUUUUUAGAAUGUUAAAACUGAUAGUCAGCAUU